AUGCGGUAUCUCGGCGUCGAGCUCGACACACGGUUGUCGUUCACGAAGCACGUGCAUCAAGCCUCCCUGAAGGCUUGCCAAUCGGCGCUCGCCAUAGGCAGACUAAUGCCCAACAUCGGCGGGCCGUCUCACAGCAAGAGAGCGUUACUCGGGUCAGUGACAAACAGCAAGAUGCUAUACGCCUCCCCUGCCUGGGCCGUCCGAGGGACGAAAACCGCCAAAAACCGCCUGGCAAUGGCUAGGGCGCAGAGGACAGUCGCACUCCGCACUAUACGCGCGUAUUGCACCGUCUCCGCAGAAGCCUCGUCCAUCCUCGCCUCGAUGCUACCAGCCGAUCUGCUAGCCACCGAAAGGACUAGGAUCAGAUCACGAAUGGACGAUCAGACGGACGAAAACGCCUACCAACACCCUUAA